UCAACUUCCUCUUUCUGUUAUCAAACUGCCUUCAAUAAUAAGAAACCACGAAAGCGUGGCGGUUUCUGCCCGCAAUAAUUCAAAAUUAAUUUUCUUUAACGACGAUAAAACUUCAAACGAUAUAACUUCAAAUCUUUUGUCGGAACAUUCUAUAAUAAACCAUCAAUCACUUGAAAAUUAUCCAAUGCAACCAAUUAUAAUGACACCUGACGAUAACCUUAAUGGUAUGGUUCAACGUCCUCCAGAAAUUUGUGUUGACUAUCUUUCUCAUGA